AUGACUAUCUCUCUGAGACUUUUAAAGGAAAUAAUUCAAACAGAAGCAUUAAAAGAAAUUGAUGAUGUCUAUGAGAAAUACAAGACAGAAAGUGAUCCCACUCAGAAGAAAAGGUUGCAACAGCAUCUUCAGCGAGCACUAAUUAACAGCCAAGAACUGGGAGAUGAAAAAAUUCAGAUAGUUACACAGAUGCUUGAACUGGUAGAGAAUAGGGCUCGGCAAAUAGAGACCCAUUCUCGGUGUUUUCAAGAGCCAGAUAAUGAAAAGCCUCUAGAAAAGGUAAAAGUGGAAACUUGCCAACCAGAAAGAUCUUCACGUAGACCCCGUCGCCAACGGACCAGUGAAAGUCGUGAUCUGUGCCAUAUAGCAAAUGGGAUCGAAGACUGUGAUGACCAGCCCCCUAAAGAAAAGAGAUCUAAAUCUGCCAAGAAAAAGAAACGCUCCAAGGCCAAACAAGAAAGAGAAGUUUCACCUGUUGAAUUUGCAAUAGAUCCCAAUGAACCAACUUACUGCUUAUGUGACCAAGUGUCCUAUGGAGAAAUGAUAGGAUGUGACAAUGAGCAGUGUCCUAUUGAGUGGUUUCAUUUUUCAUGUGUUGGACUCACCUAUAAGCCAAAGGGGAAAUGGUAUUGCCCCAAGUGCAGAGGAGAUAAUGAGAAGACUAUGGACAAAUGUACUGACAAAUCAAAAAAGGAUAGAAGAUCGAGGUAGUGAAUGCUAUAAAUGUUUUAAAGAGUUGUGUGACUUUUAUAUAAAAAAUUGCUUAAUUUACAGAGAACAAUGUUUUAGGAAAAAUGCAUAAGACUAUGCAAUAUUUUUAAUCUAUAGUAUUAAUGGAGUAUUAAAGUCUGUUAUACUUUCUGUGAUCUUUAACUUUCUGCACUGAAUAACCAAAUAAUUGGAAACAGGGUGGCCUCAGAACUGCACAGAUUGAAUUACCUGUAGUGUUGUGGGGUUUUUGGUUUUUGUUUGUUUUAAACUCCCUGUUAGCAUUUAAUAAGUAAAUCCUGAAACGUAUGGUGGUGGGGAAGCACUGAAAGUCUGACUGUACUACAGUAAUGGUAUUUAACUGCUUUAGCACCAUUUCACAACCUGAGUUAGGAUCUCCAUUUGUUGUGAACUGAAACUGUUCUACAUCCCACGCCUCUAGUUGUCAAAUUCUGUGUUAACAUCACAUCUGGAAUUGGGGAUUCAGGAAUUCGACUGCUAAUUGUAAAAUAGUCUUCCAAGCUAGAAAGCAACCUGUUACUUCAGUGGCUUUCAUAUGAUGAAUGUAUUCUUUCCAGGAAGAAAAUGCCACUAAUUUAUGCUUUUUAUGUCCAUAUUAAACUGUUGCCUUGGUGACUUCA